GUGAUGGGCUUAUUCUUUGCAACCCAAGGCCCAUCCACCAUUAAAGCUCUAAAACAAGUAUCAUCCCCUUCAAGGAGCUUUUUUUCUCUCUUCCGCCUUGAAUGAGUAAAGCGAGGGUUCUGCUAAAACCCUCUUUGUUCACCACUUGCUUAACCAGAGCCACGACCUUCUUCUCCUCUGUUUCUCAGUUACGCUCUAUCUCUCAUCAGAUGGAGAUCGAUCCUUCCGAUUCGGAGCGUUACUGUUAUGACCCGGUACUGCGAUGGAAUCCUCAAGUGGAAGACUACUUCACUAAAGCUUAUGGACCUGAUCACUUUGCUCGCAUUUCAAAGGCUCUCACGCGCCCAUCUUCCUACUCCUGCAUUAGGGUGAACACAGUUAAAACAACAAGUGAUGCUGUUAUCGAAAAGCUUACAAAAAUUUUAAACGAUUCGGAGGAGGGCUUGAAGCUUGUACAACCAGAUGGAAGUAGUCCCGUCGCCAAGUGUCAGAUACCUGGUUUGGAUUAUGUUGUUUUGGUCAAUGGUUCAGGCCCACAUAGAAUUGAAUAUGAAUCUGGUCUUGAAAACCCUCCCAAGGAAGUACUAGUGAGCAGGAAGUGUGCUGAAGCAGUUCUAAGAGGAGCCCAGGUCUAUGUUCCUGGUGUACUGGCUUGCACUGCCCAUGUUGAGAAAGGAGAUGCGGUUGCUGUCUGUGUUGCUAUGGAACAACCUGGUGAUGAAGGUGACUGGAGUGUUAAUAUGACUCGUGGGACCACUCUCCAGGAUCCUUACUAUCGUGAACGCAGUGGACUAUAUAUCGGCAUGGGAACAGCUAUGUUGUCAAGGGCUGGGAUGUUUCGUGUUCCUCAUGGAAUUGCGGUGGAUUUGAGCAAUAGAGUUUUCAGAUUGCCUUCUUUACAUAAUGUCCUUGAGGGGGAAAUCUUUCUUCAAAACCUGCCAAGUAUUAUUGUUGCUCAUGCUCUUGAUCCUCAGAAAGGGGAGAGAAUAUUAGAUAUGUGUGCAGCACCUGGAGGGAAGACUACUGCAAUUGCUAUACUUAUGAAUGAUGAGGGAGAGAUAGUGGCAGCAGAUAGAUCUCAUAACAAGGUGCUGAAUGUCCAAAAAUUGUCUGCUGAAAUGGGAUUAAGCUGCAUAACAACAUGUAAAUUGGAUGCACUAAAAUCUGUCUGUCUUCCAAACCCACCCAAUGAUUCCACAACAAUAGUUAACAGUGAUAAUAGUAGUUCCAUGACCAGCCAUUCUGAAUUAUCAUCAAGCGAAGAAAUGACAUCACUUGCUUCUAGAAAAUCCAAGGCUGACAAAUCAUGGGAGGAAAAUGCCAGCACUGAACAGCCAAAUGGAGGGGAUAAUGUUAGCCAAGCUGACAUCAGGAAGAAUAAAGGAAGGUUGAAAAAUGGUCGUGGAAGAACUCAAUGCCAAGGUGGAAGGGUUGGAAAGUCACAAGGUUUCCCGCCUAAUAGUUUCGAUAGGGUUCUUUUAGAUGCUCCUUGUUCUGCCCUUGGCUUGAGACCUCGUCUUUUCGCUGGACUGGAGACCGUCAUAUCUUUGAGAGACCAUGGACGGUACCAGCGGAAAAUGUUGGACCAGGCUGUUCAAUUGGUUCGCGUUGGUGGAAUUCUCGUAUACUCAACGUGCACGAUUAACCCUAGCGAGAAUGAGGCUGUGGUUCGCUAUGCUCUGGAUAAAUACAGAUUUCUUUCUUUAGCACCACAGCAUCCUAGGAUUGGAGGACCUGGUCUAGUUGGUCGAUGUGAAUUCCCCGACGGAUAUAUAGAGGAGUGGUUAAAACCCGGUGAAGAAGAAAUCGUUCAGAAAUUCGACCCAUCAUCUGAGCUUGAUACCAUCGGGUUCUUUAUAGCUAAGUUCUGCGUCGGCCCCAAGGAUUAGGAUCUCAAAAUGCUGAUUCCUUAUCCUAGACAUUCCCACACAAAAAUGGUGGUUUAUACAUUUGUCUUUGAAUUUUAGAUUGUAUUUUUUGAUUGAUCUCGUUUUUAAAUGAGAUGUAAAGACAUCCGUAUAACAUUGUUUUGAUA